AUGGACAAAAGCUAUCUUCAUCAAGAGACUCUACUGCACAUUGAUGACUCUGAGCUACACGACUUUGAUGAAGAUCCUAGCUUAGAUCAUUUGAUCAAUUUCAUUCGUUUGGAGAAGAAAGAUGCUACUUGUGACUUCAAUUCUGAGCUUAUCAACGAAGCAUUCAUUGAUAACUCUUUCUUGCCACACCCUGCAAUCCCAUAUGAUCAGUGCAAUAGUAAUGCUAUGAAUGUCUAUGAUUCAAACUCCUUCUCUUGUUUUGAUGGGGAAGCCAGAGGAGGAGGAGGAGGAGGAGAAGAGGAAGAUGACAUGGAGCACUCAUAUGCAACAACAAGCACAACAACAUCAACACCUAAUAAGUCAAAACCAAAAACUGACAGAUCCAAAACUCUGAUUUCUGAGAGGAGGAGAAGAGACAGAAUGAAGGAAAAGCUUUAUGCAUUGAGAUCUUUGGUUCCCUUCAUAACUAAGAUGGAUAAGGCCUCUAUAAUUGGAGAUGCUGUGUCAUAUAUGCACGAGCUUCAAGCACAAGCCAACAUGCUUAAGGCUGAGGUUGAAGCACUUGAAACUUCCUUACUGCUGUCUAAAAACUAUCAAGGAUCAGUUGAAAAUCCCAUGAAGGAUGAACUUACCAAUAACAUCCUUUCAAUACGCAAGAAGAUAAUCCAGAUGGAUAUGUUUCAAGUGGAUGCAAAAGGGUUUUAUGUGAAAAUAGUUUGCAACAAAGGAGAAGGGCUGGCUGCCUCAUUGUACAAAGCUCUAGAGUCUCUGACAGGCUUUCAUGUUCAGAAUUCAAACUUAUCCACAGUUGGUAACAGUUUUCAACUUACAUUUUCAUUGAAUGUGAAAAACUCUGAGCCAGAAAUUAACCUGCACACCAUGAAGAUUUGGGUGUGUGAAGCCUUUGUGAAGCAAGGCUUUGAAUUCAUACCACUUUUAAUGCUUGACUCUUUCAAUCUGUAAACUUUAAGCUGUAAUCAACUAAGGUUGCAGAGACAUAGAGCUAUAUAUUAUGACUAGUAAUGAAAAUCUAUAAUCUAUAGUCAAUGUGAUAAUAUAUCUAAGUUCUGGUUAGUGGUUAACUUUUUUUGAUACAUGGUGGCUAACUAUGAGCAUUGAUAUGUAACUAAUUAUUAAUUAUUUUGAGAUAAUAGCCUGUCAAUUUUUAAAAACCAAUAUCAGUAGUAUGUGUGUACGCUUCUGUUUAUCAG